AUGUACGGCAUGUUAUUGGAAAGUGUAGCGCAUUUCAUACAGAUAGAAUAUGGCGAAGACGUGUGGACGGCCAUCAAGAAAGCCGCCAAUUGCGAAUACCAAGUAUUUAAUACCCAUCAAGUAUAUCCCGAUAAUUUAAUGAGCAAUCUUGCAGUUGGCGCGGCUACAGUCUUAGGGGCAUCACAAGACAGCUUCAUGCAUUUUUUCGGAAGAUGUUUCGUUAGAUUUUUUUGUCACCUAGGGUACGACGUCACUGUUAAAGCAACAGGAAGGUAUUUCACUGAUUUUUUAGAGAGUGUGGAUAAUAUACAUUCGCAGUUUUGUUUUACUUAUCCGAAAAUGCAGAGUCCAUCUAUGUAUUUAACAGAUAUAGACGCAAAUGGUUGCGUUUUGAUUUAUAGAAGUUGUAGAGAUGGAUUCACUCAGUAUCUGAUGGGACAAUUGAUACAGGUCGCCAAGGACUUUUAUAACUUAUCUCUAAAAGUGAAAGUACUGGACAAGGUUUCUUCAUCUAGCGGAUCAAGAAGCCACGUUAUCGUCACUUUUAGACUAAAUUUUGAUAACAGAGAAUAUAUGCUUUAUAAAUCCCGAAAAGACUCUUUCCACAGAAUUGGCAUUCCCGAAAAGUUUCCUAUCGAUAUUAUACUAGAUUUAUUUCCAUUUUGUUUGAUAAUCGACAAAAACAUGACCAUCAUUUCUUCCGGUAAAAAAUUCUUCGAAGUAUGGAAAGGAAACGGAAAUUUCUACAAUAAACCGAUAACCGAUUAUUUUAAACUCAGAAGACCCAAAGGCAUCUCAUUUACUUGGAAAAAUACAUUGAAUUUACAAUCUGUUAUGUUUGAAAUGGAAUGCAAUAGAGGAAUUACAAACUAUAAUGCCGCUGCUGUCAGUACAAUAAAAGAUGGUUCAAAUAUAUCUUCGAAGGAAGAAAUUAAAAAUAUACUCCUUAAAGGACAAAUGAAAUAUGUUAAAGAUAUCGAUGCUAUAAUAUACAUAUGUAGUCCUAUAAUAAACGACUUGGAUGAUCUGACUGAUCAAGCACUUUACUUAAAUGACUUAAAUCCCCACGGACUUAGCAAGGAAUUAGUUUUAGCCGGUUGGCAACAUAAUUCCAAGUUAGAAGUUAUGUUCGAUAAGGCUGAACAACGAUCAGACGAAUUGGAUAAAAACUACAAGCUUUUGGAAGCAUGGAAAAAACGAGGAGAUGAACUUCUUUAUUCGAUGAUGCCUAAAACGGUGGCCGAUAAACUAAGAGCAACUGAAUCAUCACUUUCAACGUGCGAAGCAUUCGAUGCAGUGAGCAUUCUGUUUUGUGAAUUAGUUGGUUUAACUUCAAAAACAGUGAAAGAAACUAUGUUGGUAGUAUCGAUAAUGAACACGGUUUUUUCACAAUUCGAUUCGCUUAUGGAUAAAUUUCCGGUAUACAAAGUCGAAACUGUCGGACAGGUAUAUAUGGUGGCAAGCGGAGCUCCCGAAAAGACUCAAAUACAUGCUCAAAACCUUGCAGACUUAGCUUUCGACAUGCUAAAAACCAUAUCUAAAAUAAAAAUCAACGAGUCUACUGAAGUUAAAGUCAAAAUAGGAAUACAUUCAGGACCAGCAGUGGCAGGUGUAGUGGGUAUUAAGGUUCCCAGAUAUUGUUUCUUCGGCGAUACAAUUAAUACCGCUUCAAGAAUGCAAUCUACAAGCGAGCCUGGAAAAAUCCAGAUUUCCAAAAAUACAAAGGAGCUUUUAUCCGAAGAAAAGUACCAAAUAAAAAGCCGUGGACUGGUUGAAGUAAAGGGCAAAGGCAAUAUGCAAACGUAUUGGCUAUUAGAAAAAUAA